UUCUCAAUCCUUGUCUUCUCUCUCUCGCCCAUUGCUACCAACUUCGACUUGGAGAAUUCUUCACUCCGCCGCCGUUCAAAUUGCUUUGCCGCCACCGAAGCAAAGAGUAGAGGAUAAUGGCUGAAGAAGAAGCUAAGGGUUUGGAUUACAUACCGGAGAUUGUACUGAAAAAGAGGAAGAACAGAGAUGAGCUUGCCUUUAUCAGGAAGAAGCAACUUGAGUUGGGAAAUUUCGGCAAGAAGAAGCAGAAGAAAGUCUCUGAUAUCAAACGUCCUGAAGAUUUUGUGCUCGAGUUCAGGGCUAAGGAAAUAGAUCUUAUCCGGAUGAAGCAAAGGGUAAAGAGGCCAAAGUCAUCUCCUCCACCAGUUAAAUCAAACCUGGUUUUCAUCGUACGUAUACAAGGAGGCAAGAGCGAUAUGCAUCCAAAGACCAAGAAGAUUCUUAACAAUUUGCAACUAAGGAGCGUCUUUACUGGUGUAUUUGCCAGAGCAACUGACAGUUUGUUCCAAAAGCUUCUCAAAGUGCAGCCUUAUGUCACUUAUGGAUACCCGAAUGAUAAGAGCGUCAAGGACCUCAUAUUCAAAAAGGGAUACACAAUAAUUGAGGGAAAUCCUGUUCCUCUUACCGACAACAACAUCAUCGAACAGGCUCUAGGAGAACACAAAAUAUUUGGCAUAGAAGACCUUGUGAAUGAGAUAGCAAGGGUUGGUGAUCAUUUCAGAGAAGUUAUGAGAUUUUUGGGACCGUUGAAACUCAACAAGCCUGAGGCUGGUGUUUUGAACAGGAAGAAACAAGUAUUCAGCGAAGGAGGAGAUACUGGAAACCGUGAAGAUAAGAUCAAUGAUCUCAUCAAGAAAAUGAAUUAGAAGCAGCAACUGUUGUAAUCGCUAGCUACUUGCUAUAUUUUCCCUUAAAAAAGAAAAAUCUGAAAGUGAUGAAACGCUAUUGCAAUUUUGAUGAAAGUGACAUUCGCAAUUUUAUAACA